CGGACCAGCCGCCCUGCACGCUGCGCCCGGCGCCCUGGACCUGAUCCUGUGAAUCUGCGCUUUCUGUGCGAGAGACUUGGCUAGCCGCUGCCUCCCUCCCUACCUCUGGGUGACACCAGGUUUGGGGGAAUUUUUGACCAAGCGAAAGUGGGAGUCGCUGGCGUCCUGGCCAUGAACACAGCCUCGCGUUCUUCUCAGCCUGGGAAACACCUUCUGCCUCUGUAACUCGUCCCUGCCGCAAGCCAGACAGGACUGGCACCCGCGCCGCUGGGCAACCGCCACCCUUGUGGCUUCUCUUUGAGUCCUCUCUUUUUGUUCCUGCUCCGUGGUUUACCUGGUGGUGCUUGAGUUUGGGGUGAGAAUUUAUUAUUAUUUUUUUGCUUUGAGGUGUGAAUGUGAGGGUUUGAUGACUUUUAGAUGUCUAGGAACAAGAUCGGGUGCAGGGGCCCCAGGCAGGGCUGAUUCUUGGGUGGAGGAGGGUAGGGUAAGGGGUUCUGCAUGAGCUCCUUAAAGGACAAAGGUAACAGAGCCAGCGACAGAGCUCCAGGGGAGACUUUGACUUCAAGCCACAGAAUUGGUGGAAGUGUGCGCGCCGCCGCAGGCGCCGUCGCUCCUGCAGCGCUGUCGACCUAGCCGCUAGCGUCUUCCCGAGCACCGGGAUCCCGGGGUAGGAGGCGACGCGGGCGAGCACCAGCGCCAGCCGGCUGCGGCUGCCCACACGGCUCACCAUGGGCUCCCGGCGCCGGGCGCUGUCCGCGGUGCCGGCCGUGCUGCUGGUCCUCACGCUGCCGGGGCUGCCCGUCUGGGCACAGAACGACACGGAGCCCAUCGUGCUGGAAGGCAAGUGUCUGGUGGUGUGCGACUCGAACCCGGCCACGGACUCCAAAGGCUCCUCUUCCUCCCCGCUGGGGAUAUCGGUCCGGGCGGCCAACUCCAAGGUCGCCUUCUCAGCGGUGCGGAGCACCAACCACGAGCCAUCCGAGAUGAGCAACAAGACGCGCAUCAUUUACUUCGAUCAGAUCCUGGUGAAUGUGGGUAAUUUUUUCACGUUGGAGUCUGUCUUUGUAGCACCAAGAAAAGGAAUUUACAGUUUCAGUUUUCACGUGAUUAAAGUCUACCAGAGCCAAACUAUCCAGGUUAACUUGAUGUUAAAUGGAAAACCAGUAAUAUCUGCCUUUGCGGGGGACAAAGAUGUUACUCGUGAAGCUGCCACUAAUGGUGUCCUACUCUACUUAGAUAAAGAGGAUAAGGUUUACCUAAAACUGGAGAAAGGUAAUUUGGUUGGAGGCUGGCAGUACUCCACAUUUUCUGGCUUUCUGGUGUUCCCCCUAUAGGAUUCAAUUUCUCCGUGGUGUUUAUCCAGGUAAGGGAUGACCCACUCCUGAGUUACUGGAAGAUCAUUUUUUCAUCAUUGGAUUGAUGUCUUUUAUUGGUUUCUCAUGGGUGGAUACGGAUUCUAAGGAUUCUGGGCCUGUCUGAACCAAUACAAAAUUUCACAGAUUAUUUGUGUGUGUCUGUUUCAGUAUAUUUGGAUUGGGACUCUAAGCAGAUAAUACCUAUGCUUAAAUGUAACAGUCAAAAGCUGUCUGCAAGAUUUAUUCUGAAUUUCAUUUCCCGGGAUUACUGAAUUCGUUACAGAUGUGGAAUUUUAUUUGUUUAGUUUUAAAAGACUGGCAACUGGGUCUAAGCAUUAGAAAACUCUAAAGUUCUGACUUCAAUCAACGGUUAGUGUGAUACUGCCAAAGAACUGUAUACUGUGUAUUGAUUAUAUUUGUUUUUAUUCCUUUGGAAUUAGUUUGUUUGGUUCUUGUAAAAAACUGGGAAUUUUUUUUUCAGUAACUGGCAUUAUGUGUUCUCUUAAAAUAAGGUAAUGAAUAGCUUGCCCACAAAUUUACCUUGACAAUGAUAUCAUCAACAUGACUUAUCUCAAAAAAAAAAAGAAUGCUUCAUAGUUGUAUUUUAAUUGUAUAUGUGAAAGAGUCAUAUUUUCCAAAUUAUAUUUUCUAAGAGGAAGAAUAGAUCAUAAAUCUGACAAGGAAAAAGUUGCUUACCCGAAAUCUAAGUGCUCAAUCCCCGAGCCUCGGCAAAACAGCUCCCCUCCGAGGGAAAUCUUAUACUUUAUUGCUCAACUUUAAUUAAAAUGAUUGAUAAUAACCACUUUAUUAAAAACCUAAGGUUUUUUUUUCCUUAGACAUGACCACUUUAUUAACUGGUGGUGGGAUGCUGUUGUUUCUAAUUAUAUCUAUUUUUCAAACCUUCUGUUGUAUUUGGAGUAUCAUCUGGUUUUGCCUUAACUCUUUAAAUUGUAUAUAUUUAUCUGUUUAGCUAAUAUUAAAUUCAAAUAUCCCAUAUCUAAAUUUAGUGCAAUAUCUUAUUUUGUCUUUUGUAUAGGUCAUAUGAAUUCAUAAAAUUAUUUAUGUCUGUUAUAGAAUAAAGAUUAAUAUAUGUUAGUUGAAUUGUUUUUUUUCUUUCUGUUUUGGAAGUAUGUAUUCUACAUGAUUUAUUUCCUCUUACUUUGUCUCUUCCUAACCCUU